GACCUGCCGGGACCCUCGCCCGCCGCGCACCAGCGGUCACCGCCGAUCGGGCUGCGGGGCCGGGACCCGCGCGAGUGUGCACGGCGGCCGGGCUGGCGCCGAGCCCACAGCGGACCCGCGGCCGCUCAAGCGCUGCGGCCGCCGCCUCCCCGCUGACCCCGCGGUCUGAGGCUGUCAGAGAUGACUCUGGUUCUGUCCAUGAAUAGAUUCUGCGAGCCCAUUGUCUCGGAAGGAGCUGCUGAAAUUGCUGGGUACCAAACACUAUGGGAGGCUGACAGCUACAGAGGCCCGAGCCCCCCAGGGCCAGCACAGGCCCCUUUGCAGGGAGACCGGGGAGCUGGUCCCCCGCUGGCAGGAUCACAUUACAGGGGAAUUUCAAAUCCUAUAACAACAUCUAAGAUCACAUACUUUAAGAGGAAGUACGUGGAAGAAGAGGAUUUUCACCCACCACUCAGCAGCUGUAGCCAUAAAACCAUCUCAAUUUUCGAGGAAAGAGCGCACAUCCUUUACAUGUCUUUAGAAAAGCUGAAGUUUAUCGAUGAUCCUGAGGUGUACCUCCGAAGGUCUGUCCUCAUCAACAAUCUGAUGAAAAGAAUCCACGGCGAGAUUAUCAUGCAGAACAACUGGUGCUUCCCGGCCUGUUCUUGCAGUGGCGCCUCUGCCCAAGAGUGGUUUACGGCGCAAGACUGUCCUUACCGGAAACGACCACGGAUGGCCAAAGAGGAGUGUGAGAAGUUCCAUGCCUGCUGCUUUUACCAAGAGUGUGGUGGUCACUACCUAAAUUUGCCCCUUUCUGUCAAUGCUAGUGUCGGAAGUGCUUCCACGGCUGCCUCCUCUUCCUCUUCCUCCUCCUCUUCCUCUUCCUCCCCUCCUCUGCCUUUGCCGAGCUGUUCCCACCAGGUGGAUUUCAAUGUAGGCAGUACACCCGAUUACAAGAGUGAUGGUCAAAUACCUGCCAGUGAAAUCUUUGUUACUAACGUGAGGCCACUCGGUGUCCAGGAAAAGGCCAAAUUAAAUGAUGAGAAAGCAAGUAAUGAGAGCAACAGAGAUGGUGACCCCCUCAGCCACGAACCUGUGGGAAAUGACCUUGAUUUUGAGUGCAAAGGCCAAUUUUAUGAUUAUUUUGAGACUGGAUAUAAUGAAAAAAACAACGUAAGUGAGUCUUGGAAAAAGUCUUUAAGGAAAAAGGAGCCUUCGGCAAGUAACAAAUUGUGCUGCAGCAAAGGAAGUAAAAUAUGAGCCAUCUUCUCAUCAAAACUUUGAAGCAUGCACAGCAUGAUCGAUUAGCUCUCAUAAAUUUUAUUUUGAAUGGAUUUUAUAGUUUUGUACAACUGAUAAAAUUAUGCCAUGAACAUGUCAUUUUAAUGCCUUUGGAGCAGAUUGCAUAAAACAUCUGUACAGUAGGCAUCAGGCGUGCUGCUUAUAAAUGUAGUGGUUUUACCAAGAAAACAGUCAACUUAAUGUUUAAAAGUAUAUCUUAGUUUUCUUACAAAAAUAAAAUGAUCAGUAGACUAGAUUGGGGGACAGUGUGCCCUCGUGGUAUUUCCAUUGCCCCCCCCCCACACACACACACAAAGAGCCCAUCGCUAGCUGAGAAAGUUCAACAUAUUUGCAAUUAACAGGUAGUUGUUAUUCAGUAAGCAAAGCAGAAUAACCAGCAAAAGAUGUCUGCUUCUUCAAUAUGCUACAGUAUUUUUUUUUUCUGAAUAAAAGACUGAAGACAGGGAGCUAGAUGAAAUGGCUUCAUGGCCAUUAAGUAUUUGUAUUAAACAGUCUCUGUGUGACAGAUGAAAAAUAGGAUGUGAUGUAAUAAAAUAAAACACACACACACCUGUCUGGGGCAGCAGUCAACAAUCUGCGGAGAGGGUAUUCCCUGUGAGUUCCUGGCUUGCCUGUGAUGGGUGUUGAGGCUUUUAGGGAGGUAGCAUACAGGGCGAUUUUUGGUGCCUUACUUUAUCUUAAUUUUUGCCAAUGUGAAAAUUAAGGAUAAAUCAGAGUUACAGCAGGGAUUUAACAAACAGGA